AUGACUACCGACCGGGGUCGGCAAUUUGAAUCGUCCAUCUUUGCCGCCCUCACUGCGCUCCUUGGCACCCACCGCACUCGCACCACCGCCUACCACCCCGCGUCUAACGGCCUGGUGGAGCGGUUUCAUCGUCACCUUAAAGCCGCCUUGCGAGCCCACUCCAACCACUCAGCCUGGACUGAAGCCUUACCAGUUAUCCUUUUCGGCCUGCGGUCGCUUUUCAAAUUUGACUUGGGAUGCACUACCGCGCAGCUGGUGUACGGCACGACCCUUCGCCUUCCUGGCGAGUUCUUCGCGCCUGCGUCCGCCAACACCGUUCCCGACCCCACAGAGGUCUACGUUCAUCGGGACCUGCUCACGUGCACGCACGUUUUUGUGCGUGUCGACGCUGUACGCAAGCCCCUUCAACCGUCCUACAACGGACCCUACCCCGUCAGCAGCCGUACACCGAAGCACUUCACGCUGCGCAUCAACGGGAAGGACGACCAAGCUUCUAUUGACCGGCUCAAGCCGGCUUACACGGAAGCCUUCCCGCAACUAGGCUACACCAUUUCUCAUCCCCAAGCGCCUGCAAGUCCCUGCCCUAGAGCCUCCGCCCGCCAGCUCCCGCCGCGCCGCCAGGUGUCCUGGGCGCCAGUGCCACCAGUACUCUGCACGCACCAUUCACGGACUUCGCCCAUUCACUAG